ACGGGAGUGAGUUCAGGAAAUCUUACCUUGCAAUCUAUCAUUUUGAUCGUGCGGAAAGCUAACAAAUCUGCAAGAGUACAAUAUCCCUAAGGAUGAGAGGGAAAUGGAUAGACUAGAUCUGCAAUAUCACAUCUGCCUCAUGACCCUGGGCGGCAGACUCGGUCUCGCGACUCCUUACCAAGCAGGCACUGAGGUUGGAAGAGUCCUCGAUCUCGGUACCGGAACCAGCAUCUGGGCUAUCGAAUUCGGCGAUGACCACCCGGAGGCCGAAGUUCUCGGCACUGAUUUGUCCUCGAUCCACUCAAAGUUCGUAAACCCAAACGUCCAAUUCGAAAUUGACAAUCUCGAAGAAGACUGGACCUACGCCCACAAACUCGACUACAUCCACAGCCGCUUCAUGACCUCCAGCAUCGCCAACUGGAAAGACCUCCUCACAAAGUCGUUUGAACACCUCGUCCCCGGCGGGUACAUCGAACUCCAAGAACCCGACCUCCGCGCCGAAUCCGAUGACGCGUCCCUCCCGAGCAGCUGCGCGCUGAACAGGUACUGCGAUCUUCUGCGCGAGGCCAUGAGCCUGCUCGGUCGCGAAUACGUCUCCGUCCCGAGGUUGAAGACCGUCAUGGAGGAGAUUGGGUUUGUGGACGUGGAGCUUAGUCGGUACAAGUGGCCUGUGAAUACCUGGCCAAAGGAGGCAAAGUUCAAAGAGCUGGGGGCGUACAAUCAUGAGAAUAUUGUAGGGGCUGUUGAGGCGUUGGCCAUGAUGCCGUUUACGCGGGCUUUGAGGAGGAGUCGCGAGGAGGUCGAGGGGUUCUUGGGGGAUGUGAGGAGGGAUUUGAGGAAUCGGGAGUUUCAUGCGUAUUUCCCUGUGUAAGUGGUGAUCUAAAAUCAUCUUUUGUUGAGAUGUUUGUGCUAAUUGGUCUGUCCAAGGUAUUUCAUCGUGGGAAGGAAGCCGGAAUAGGAGGGAGCGGGUCAACUCUUUCGACAGCUUGACGGGAACGUCUUGUAAAUCAACUUCAAAUCACAUUGCGAAAGAGUCCUCCAGGGCUACGUAUAUGAAGGUCAGAUAAGGAGAAGCGUUCCCCUCGACACGUGUUAGAACUUCCGACUAGCAAUCUGUGUGCUGUCAUCUUGUUCGUAGAAACUAAAGGAGAGGUCGAAGGUCAUGUUGGUUGUACCGGUCAUGUUUAGAGAGAGGGAUGUGCAAUCAGUCACAUAUCGAGUCAG